AUGCCCGAGCCGCCGGUGUCAGCGCAGGACGGCGACCGGCCCCGGCCCCGGGCCCCGCUCCCGGAGGAACGGGCGGAACCGGCGGCUCCAACCGGAGUCCUCGAUAAGCUCUUCGGGAAGCGGCUGCUCCAGGCUGGGCGUUACAUCAUGUCCCACAAGGCCUGGAUGAAGACGGUGCCCACCGAGAACUGCGACGUGCUCAUGACCUUUCCGGACACCACCGAUGACCACACUCUGCUCUGGCUGCUGAACCACAUCCGCCUGGGCAUCCCCGAGCUGAUCGUGCAGGUGCGGCACCACAAGCACACUCGCGUCUACGCCUUCUUCGUCACCGCCACCUACGAGAGCUUGCUGCGUGGGGCUGACGAGAUCGGGCUGCGGAAGCCGGUGAAGGCAGAGUUCGGGGGAGGCAUGAGGAGCUUCUCCUGCGAGGAGGAUUACAUCUAUGAGAACAUCGAGAACGAGCUCUACUUCUUCACCUCUCAGGAACGGCAGAACAUCAUCAGGUACUGGCUGGAGAACCUCCGUGCCAAGCAGGGAGAGUCGCUGCACAACAUCCACUUCCUGGAGGGGCAGCCCAUCAUCCCGGAGCUGGCAGCCCGUGGAGUGAUCCAGCAGCUCUUCCCCCUGCACGAGCAGAGGAUCCUCAAGAGGCUCAUGAAGUCCUGGGUGCAAGCCAUCUGCGAGGCCCAGCCGCUUGAUGAGAUCUGUGACUACUUCGGGGUGAAGAUCGCUUUGUACUUCGCCUGGUUGGGCUUCUACACCUCAGCCAUGGUCUACCCUGCAGUCUUCGGCUCCAUCCUCUACACCUUCACUGAGAGCGACCAGACCAGCCAAGACAUCUGCUGUGUGGUCUUCGCCAUCUUCAAUGUCAUCUGGGCCACCUUCUUCCUGGAGGAGUGGAAGCGACGUGGGGCUGAGUUUGCCUACAAAUGGGGGACCCUGGACACCCCAGCUGAGUCCAUCGAGGAGCCCCGGCCCCAGUUCAGGGGCAUCAAGAGGAUCAGCCCCGUGACCAGCACUGAGGAGUUUUACUACCCCCCUUGGAAGCGUUUGCUCUUCCAGUGCCUGGUCAGCCUCCCUGUCUGCCUCGUCUGCCUCUCCUUUGUCUUCCUCCUCAUGCUGGGCUGCUUCCAGCUCCAGGAAUUCGUGCUGAGCAUCCAGGAGCUUCCCCGCAUCAUUCGCUUCCUCCCCAAAAUCGCCCUGGCUGUCAUCGUCACUGCCUGUGAUGAGCUUUACAAGAAGAUUGCCUACUGGCUGAACGACAUGGAGAACUAUCGCCUGCAGAGUGCCUACGAGAAACACCUCAUCAUCAAAAUCGUCCUGUUUCAGUUUGUGAAUUCAUACCUGAGUCUUUUCUACAUCGGUUUCUACCUCAAAGACAUGGAGAGGCUGAAGGAGCUCCUGCUCAUCUUCUCUCUCUCCCAAAGCCUCGUGCGUCAGCUUAAAGAGGCUCUCCUUCCCUUCAUCCUCCUCCACCUCCACCUCUCUCUCAUCUUCUUUAAGGGCCUCCUGGGCUUUUGCUGGAGACUGGGAGUAUCCAAAAUGCUGGCCACGCUGCUCAUCACCCGCCAGUUCCUGCAGAACGUCCGGGAGGUGUCCCAGCCCCACCUCUACCGGCGGUUGCGCCGGGGGGACCUCAGCCUGCGCGACCUCCGCCAGCUCGCCCACACCCUGCUCCGCCUGCUCGCUCCCCACCGCCGCCCCCCGGCUCCUGCCGAGGGGUCCCGCGGGGAGAAGAAAUGUUUAAAUGGGGGUUGCGGGGUGCCAGAGGAAGAGGAGGAGGAGGAAGAGCGGCGCGAGUCGGACUCGGACUCGGAGAGCGCCCUGGACUGCGGGCUGAAGCUGAAGAGGGUCAGCUUCAUCGAGAGGGGCGAGCGGCGCAGCGCCGAGCACUGCGGCCCCGAGGACGACAGCUUCCUGGAGGAGGGCAGCCCCACCAUGGUGGAGAAGGGCAUGGACCCUGCCUCCGUCUUCGAGCUGUGUGAGGAUGAGGAGGAGGCCGAAGGGCCCCCCGGCAGCCCGGUGAAGGCGGCGGAGCCGGCGGCGGUCCCACGGGCCGGCCGGAGGAGGAGAGGGGCUGAGAGUAGGGAGGAGGAGGAAGGUGAGGAGGAAGGGCGGAGGCGUAACCGGGCGUCGUGGAUCGACCCUCCCGAGGAGGACUACUCCACGCAGCUGACCCAGGCAGAAGUGGAGAGCUGCAUGAAAAAGUAUGAGGACACCUUCCAGGACUACCAGGAGAUGUUCAUCCAGUUUGGCUACGUGGUGCUCUUCUCCUCUGCCUUCCCCCUGGCCGCCAUGUGUGCCCUGGUGAACAACAUCAUCGAGAUCCGCAGCGAUGCCUUCAAGCUGUGCACAGGGCUCCAGCGCCCCUUCGGCCAGCGGGUGGAGAGCAUCGGGCAGUGGCAGAAGGUGAUGGAGGCCAUGGGUGUCUUGGCCAUCGUGGUCAACUGCUACCUGAUCGCCCAGUGUGGGCAGCUCCAGCGCCUCUUCCCCUGGCUCAGCCCCGAGGGAGCCAUCAUCUCCGUGGUGGUGCUGGAGCACUUUGCCCUGCUCCUGAAGUACAUCAUCCAAGUGGCCAUCCCUGACAUCCCUGCCUGGGUGGCCGAGGAGAUGGCCAAGCUGGAGUACCAGCGGCGUGAGGCCUUCAAGAAGCAUGAGCGGCAGGCGCAGCACCACUUCCAGCAGCAGCAGCGGCGCAAGCGUGAGGAGGAGGAGCGGCAGCGCCACGCCGAGUACCAGGCUCGCAAGGAGCGAGAGAGUGGCCGCGACGAGGCCAAGGCAGAGGCCGCCGGGCAGGACCCGGCCCACGAGAAGAGCCAGAGCAAAGGGAAGGGCUCCGGGGGCUCCUCGCACGGCUCCGACAAGCCCAAGAGACCCAGCUCCCUCCUGGCCACCAACAACGUGAUGAAGCUGAAGCAAAUCAUCCCUCUGCAGGGCAAGUUCCUCUCCGGGGGAGCCGGGGGUAGUGGCACCGCCACUGCCAGGUCCCCCCAGUCCCCGACGGGCAGCGAGAACAAACUCCCUGGCUUCCUCAGCUUCAAGUUCCUGAAAUCCCCCGAGACUAAGCGGGACACGGGGACCGAGAAGGUCCAGUCGCCCACCAAGCCCUUCAACCCCAGCAAGCUCUUCAACUUCGGCAAGUCCGAAGGGGCUGGGGGCAACGGCGCCGCGGCCACUACCGCCUCCCCCCAGCCGCGCCCCGGCCCCUCGGCGGAGGCGGCAGAGCGGCCGGGCCCCAGCAAAUCGCAUCUUAACGGGGCGCCGGAGGAGGGGCCCCGAGAGGAGCCAGAAAGCCGUGUGGAGGAGGAGAGUGGGGGCUACAAACUCUAACCAGAGCUUUUUGGGGAGCGGGAGC